CAUCACAAGAAGAGCCGGUAGAAUGUUGGAAAAAAGGGAGAAGCUUUCGAGAAAAAACGAUUCCAAAUCCUGAGAAUUAAGCACGACCUCCCACACAGGAGCACUGAGCUCUUAUUCAAACAGAAGCCUUCACCCCAAAUCUGAGGCGAUCAAUACGCUGAGUAAUCAUUAAUCAAGAGUGAAAUAUCGUCACUCACUCUCAGCAUGUCCCUGUAUGCAAUUCUCCCAAAAGACGCUAGAGGGAGGUAAACUCUAUUGGAGAAACCUUUUUCUCCACUCUUCUGUUGUUUUUCCGGAAAACAAAAAAAAGACAACCUUUAGUCUUUAGUUCGACACUUUUCUCCACACAAGCAUGUGUGAGGUGGAGGUGAGCGAUGGAAGUGUGCAAGUGGAAGGAUGCGCAUCUCCGCUCUUCUACAGACAAAGUCGACCUUCCUCAGGAGAAACAAAGAUGUCCGUCUUGCUACUUCACGGCAUCCGCUUCUCCUCGCAGAACUGGCUGGACAACGGCACUCUGCACACUUUAGCCAAAGCGGGCUGCCGCGCAGUCGCCAUAGACCUGCCGGGACUCGGACGCUCCGAGUUAGCAAAGGCCCCGGCGAAAGUAGGGGAGCUGGCGCCAGCAUCUUUUCUUGUGGACGUGUGUGAGCAACUUCAGCUCAGCCCCGUGGUGGUCAUCAGCCCCUCGCUCAGCGGGAUGUACUCCCUCCCGUUUCUCAUCCAACACCAGAACCUUCUACGGGCCUACAUCCCUGUCGCACCCAUCUGCACCGACAAGUUCACCCCUGAACAGUACCAAAGUGUGAAGGUGGCGUCACUGAUCGUUUACGGCGACCAGGAUGCUCAGCUGGGGGAGGCGUCGUUUAACAACCUCCGCCAUCUGGCCAAUCACAGUGUGGCUGUGAUGAAAGGGGCGGGGCAUCCCUGCUACCUGGAUGACCCCGACGCUUGGCACAGACUUCUCAUCGACUUCCUCGCCAAACUCUUCAUCUGUACAAAAGAAUGGAGCGACAUUUGGACCUAGCAGAGCCCAAAACAAGAAGGAGCUAAAUUCAUCCUCGCUCACUCGUUCACUCACUCAUUCACUCACGAAAAAAAAAAAAAAAAAAUCAAAUCAACACCAUUUUUGACUUGACAGCUCAAACUUAUCAACAGUGCUGUUUUCCUAUAUUUAUAUUCAUGAUAUAUACGGACUUCACUUGUUCUUUUCUCUAAAUGUUGCUUUUUUUUGUUGUUAACACACUUGUCAAACAUGGUCACAUAGCACCAGACUACACACUACACACAAUCACAUACACGCUGGCGUUCCCAACACAGUGCAGCCAGGGGCUCCCUUCCCUUCUUGUAGGCUCCUCCUAAUCAUCACCCCUCCCUCGCCACCUCCUCAUUGGAAUUUUUUUACUUGCACAUUUUUUUUUUUUUUUUUUACACUUUGAAUUUUGGCAAAAAACUUAACCUGAAGACGUUGCUGUCUCCUGGGGGGGG